CAAGUGCCGUAUAUACUUCAAAGUGUUCGCCGCGACGCCUCUCCGGUUCUCCAGCUCGUGGAGUCUCGAAAUGUCUACCUCUGGUGAACUCUUGUGGCUCUGCCGUCUGAUCGAUGAGUCUUUUCGUUCAUACAUAGAGCGAGAUGUGGUAGUUUUGAUUUGCAAAGAGCAGGAGAUGGAAAAGGAAGUUCUGGUUGCUCUUUCUCAGGUCUUAAGAAAAAUUCAGCUGCGGAUGCAAGAACCUGUUUCUAAAGAAGAGGAAACAGUCGUGAAAACUGUUCCAAACGAAGAGAGCCUAUGUGGGUUGAGCCGCCGUUCUGCCGCCCAUCAUUGUAUGUCUAAUGUUGUGACUAACAUGACGAUUUUGCUCACUGUCAAGAGUCAAUUUGUCCAACAUCUUGCUGUCAAGGCUCUUGCUUUGAUUACUAAGUUCCUAUUCACAAUGGGAAACUGUUUGAAUGAAUUUAUUCAAUUAUUGUGCCGUUUUUGGGAAGUGGCAAUUGCUAGAUCUGGGGCCGAAAACAACCUUGAUUCGUCUGAUGUUAGAUUUAGGCCUUAUGAACUGAAAAGAUGUGAUUGGUCUACUGUGGCUGGCAUCAACCAGGUGUUACGUGCUGUAUUUAAAUAUUUGAGGGAGGAUUAUGAUGAUGAACUUGUCAAAAUGUAUUAUGAUUCUGUCAGUUCUUGUCUUUCAAAGGUUCCUUGGGAUUUAUUACAUCAGUUUCAGGGUUGUUUGAUUGAUGGCAGCAAGAAAAGCUUUUAUAUGGAUCCAUUGAAUGUCGAUAAUUUCAGUGCUAUGGAGCCUAGAAUCAAAUUUCUUGGAACAUUUCUUCAGCUGCUCUGUUCUUUGGUAGACCAAAAUGAUUUCGUGGAAACUGGAGGUGCUUCUGUAAUCGAACAUCAGCUUCUUGUCACAGUGGUUAACCUAGUGCCCAGACUUCUUGAGUGGUGUCUCAUCAAGAGAGGAGACAGUGCUGAAUCAUGCAUCAUUCAGUACUUCAAACACAAGCUGCUGAUUCUAAUGAUCAGACUUCGUUUAUACAAAUGUCUGGAUUGUUCUAUCCUUCUUUCUUGGCUGGAACUCAUUCAUAAUUACUUUCAAGAACUCUUGUGGCAACCAUUAGCUCAGUUUCAAUCUGAUCAAAAUGAAUGUUUGGAAGGCUCUCCAUUUUUGUUGAGUCUAUCUGAUGGAGAAGUAAGUGGUACACAUUCCCGCCACUUACAGAGGCAAGCUAUAUUCCUAUUCCUGGAUUGCUGUUUCAGUUUGAUCUCUCAAAAGGGAGAUCCUGCAGACCGCUGUAUUUGUUCAGGUUUAAACUCUUGCUUGGCCAAUAAGUCGGAUUCAGAGCCUAAUUUUUGCUGUAGAAGGAAGGGAUUGCUUGAGCUCUACAAGUGGCUCCAAGGACAUCUUCCAACUGAGUUCUCUUUAAAUCAUGAAAGAUACUUGGAGAUAUGUGUAACCUUCAUGUCUUCAUUCAUCCAGCUAUAUCUUGGGGAGGAUGAUCUUUUGUUUGAAGUGCUAUUGCAAUUGCUUGGCACAACAUCUUGUUUGCAACAACAGUAUGACAAAAAGGAAACUGCAUUUCAUGACAUAAAGAAAGAUUUUCCCUUUUGUCUGUUGGAUGUUUUCAAUCCUGUGCAACUAUUCCAUCUAUUUCUCUCUGAGAUUCACUAUGACCAUCAAGUGCUUCUUGAUUACCUCAUUUCAAAAGAUACAGGAAUUAGCUGUGCUAAAUAUCUUCUAAGGUGCUUGAGUCUGGUAAGUAAUUCAUGGCAGUCAUUUGUGGGAUUUACAUCAUUUGGAGAACCGUUAAAUCGAUCAUCGAGCAAGAAAAGGAGAGUUACAAAAGGAGAUGACUCAGAGGUUGAGGCAGAUGUUGCACCUUUUGUAAUGGAGUGCAAGGAUGAUAUCCUAUUGCCUGUGAAGAAUUACGAGCAAGAAAAUGAAUAUGGUUUUAAUCCCUUAUAUACAAACCCAUGCAAGCCUGCCAAAGAAUGUUUGCUAUCAUUGAAAGAUUCUAUUGGAAAUCUUCAUCAGAAGAAGUUAUUUCCAUAUAAUCCUGAAGUGCUCUUGAAACGUUUAAAGAAAUUUCAAGACCUAUGCUGCAAGGAAGAAGGAUUUCAACAUAAAACUGAUCCUAACCCAAAAUCGUGAUGGCGAAAGUUUCCUGAUCGGAGGGUACUGAUGCUAAAGAUGAAGAGGGAGGUGAUGCCGACGAACAGAAGAGAAAGAUAUUGGGAGCAUACUCACAGAGGACGAUGUCAUUUAAAUUUUUAUGGAGGUCAUUGAGCCUCGCCUCUGGACUUGGCUGCUUCUGGUACCUAUGUAUGGUAUGUGAAUUAUUGAUCCAUGUCAGUCUGUUCUGAGCUCUCCGUCAGUCACCUUUACGAUCCUUGCAUGAAUUUAUUGUUCUUAAACAAAUUGGCCAGUUCAGAUGCCUAGGGAGCUUGUGAUCAGGGAAACUGCAAGACAUGCAUUCAAGCUCCCUGACACAGUUUACAUGCCUGUUCUUGAAUCAUGAUCAACCGGAGAUGUAUCUCAGAAUUUCUUCUGACUUCAAGAGGACAGUUCUGUAGGUGUCUUAAGCACACGGACUCUUACAUGGACAGAGUUUUUAUGCAUGAUGACGUGCCUAACAAGACUCCAACCACCAUGCUAUUGAUAUUUAACCUCUUGGCUUUCCAAGUUAACCAAUUAACCCCCCACCUGAGGAUCUAACCCUUGCAAGUUCAUUGGCGAGACUAGCGCACAUAUGUUGAUGAUGCGGAAAUGCUGAUAAACAAUGUUCAAAAACCAAGACUGGACCGGAUAUUUCAGCGCCCCCCUCCCCAUAUAAAAAAAAAAAAAAACUGAUGAAUUGGUUUCUACUUUGUUCUAGGGUAGAGGGUAAACCAGUGUGAAAGAAAGCUUGUCAAACCGGCCUUAAGCAAGUGAAAACCAGCAAAACCAACGGUUUGAGAUAAGCUUUGCCGGUAUUUGUCAAACAAAGGUUAAAUGCUUGAGCACCCCAACGAGGCAGCUACAAAUGCCCACUCGCACUUGCUGUUCGGUAAAUUCCCUUGGAUAUGUCGGUAAUUUGUUAGUAUGUCCCUUCCCAAAAGAGUACGUGGCAAUAUUGUGAAGAAUGGCUGUGCCAUUGAUGCCAGUAGCCGGCGAGCUGACACGCAUUGGAGCGACUGGGGUGUUACUGUAUGGGAUAGAAGAAUAAAAUAUUAAUGAAUAAUAUACUAAGUUAAAUUUGUAUAGAUCCGAGAAACUAUCAAGUUUAUUAAAUAUUACGAGCAUUUCAAUUGGCCUAUUGAAAUAUAAUAUUUUCUUAUUACGAGUCUCA